AUGUAUGUAGUAAAUUCUAAAGGUGACUGUAUGACAUCUAAUACCGUACCGAUUCAACACUUAAGGAGUGAGCAGGAAGAAGCAGACACCCGUAUGCUCCUGCAUAGUCUAGACGCCAGAAAGAGAGGAGAAACGUCCACAUUCAUUCAGAGCCAACAUACAGAUGUACUCGUUCUGAUGCUCUGGACUUACAAGAGACUUUGUCUGGAUACUACAUUGACUGCAGAGACAGAAGGAAAAGUAAGAAGUACUCCACUAGGACCACUUUACGAGGUGGUCGGAGAAGACCUCGUGAAGGCUUUACCUGGCUUUCACGCUUUAUCAGGAUGUGAUCAGACAGGCACCAUCAAUGGAAAAAGCAAAGUGUUUUUUUCGAAUAAUCUAAAGAAAAGCCAAACGACCGAUGCUCGAUGCCUUCUUCAGCCUAGGAAACAGCGACACCAUCCCAGAUGA